UGGAAUGGAAGUACUAGUAUUUGAGUUGAGCAUCUUUGGAGACAUACUGAACACGCGCCCGCGCAGUGUUUGAGACAGAAGAAAGCAAACCCCAAAUCAAAUGGUUCCUUCCGAUUCCGACAACCAAAGCUCGAUCUGAGUCUGGAACUGAUCCAUCUGACUCAACUACUUGCACACUAUUGAUAGUAGUAAGCACAGCAGCAGUACAAGUAUGAAUAGCAGCGGUGGCAGUAAUGGAGGCGGAGGAGGAGGAGGAGGAGGAGGAGGGAUGAUGAUGGGUUUCAAUAAAUCAUCACCUUUUACAGUUUCUCAGUGGCAGGAACUUGAACAUCAAGCUUUGAUCUUCAAGUAUAUGGUUGCUGGUCUUCCUGUUCCACCUGAUCUCGUUCUUCCCUUUCACUCUCACAAUUUCUUUCACCAUUCUAUUCCUACCCUGAGUUAUUGUUCCUUCUAUGGAAAAAAGGUGGACCCGGAACCAGGACGAUGUAGGAGGACCGAUGGAAAAAAAUGGAGGUGCUCUAAGGAAGCAUACCCUGACUCCAAAUACUGUGAGCGCCACAUGCACCGUGGCCGCAACCGUUCAAGAAAGCCUGUGGAAUCACCAACAACUCUUGUCGCUGCUCCCACCACUACACCUCCAAACUUCCACAACCUUCCCACCACAAAUGCCUAUGCUACUCUUCAAAAUGAUUCUCAUCUUGAUACCAUUCCCUAUGGGAUUCCAAGUAAACAAUACAGGUAUGUUCAAGAUCUUAAAUCUGAGGGUGGAAAACAUAGCUGCUUUGCAGAAGCUUCAGGUGGAGGCCACAAGUGUCUCCAAAUGGAGUCUCAGCUAGAAAACUCAUGGCCUUUGAUGUCAACCAGAGUUUCCUCUUUUUCUGCAUCAAAAUCAAGUAAUAAUCCCAUGUUGCAGAGUGAUUAUCCCCAGCAUUCGUUUUUAUCAACUGAAUAUGGAUCUGGAGAAGCUGUGAAGGAAGAGGGCCAGCCUCUUCGAUCCUUUUUCAAUGAAUGGCCUAAGAGCAGAGAGUCAUGGUCUGGUUUGGAAGAUGAAAGGUCCAACCAAACAGCCUUCUCCACUACUCAACUCUCAAUAUCCAUUCCCAUGUCAUCUUCUAACUUCUCUGCCACAAGCUCUCAGUCGCCACACGAUAACUAGAGCAGUUGUUCAGGAUCUUCAAUGAAAUUUUAUGGAAGGACAAAACAAGCUUAGUCUGAUAAGUGUUGUCCCUGUGUUUGUGUAUUUUCUUUUGUUGAAGCUGAUUUGUGUACAACUUUAUGGUUUGUUGUAAGAAAGACCAACCUUGUCCCUGGAAGGAGAGGAUACUUAUAGAACUCCGAGAGAAUCUUUUUGUAUGUAAUGAACAUGCAUAAAGUUUUUUCAUUCUGAAUUAAUGUAUGCUGAAUAAAGUUGCUGCAGUUUCCCUUAAUCAUUUAGUAACGAUCACUCUCGAAGCACACAUCUAGUUCUAAAAUUAACUCCUGUAAUGUUGUUUCAAUCUUUUGAAACACUUGUUUGAGUUGUAA